AACUCAGAUUCUUCAAAGCCCUAGACCGUCUUCGUCUUCUACGACGGCAAAUUCGUUGAAGCAGUUUCGUCGAUUCCGGCCUCACUGAAGCGGCGUGAAUCGACGCUUGUUACUCCGGCGACCAGGCCUUUGAGGCGAUUUCUGAUUAACUUCCGGCGACAAUGGCAAACAGAACAGAUCCGUUGGCCAAGAAUAUCAGAGGGACGAAUCCACAGAACCUGGUAGAGAAGAUUGUGAGGACGAAGAUAUAUCAGCAUACUUUUUGGAAGGAACAGUGUUUUGGCCUCACUGCGGAAACGUUGGUUGACAAAGCUAUGGAGCUUGACCAUCUUGGUGGAACCUUUGGUGGUAGCCGCAAGCCUACUCCGUUCCUUUGCCUCAUACUGAAGAUGCUCCAAAUCCAGCCUGAGAAAGAAAUUGUCGUCGAGUUCAUCAAAAAUGAUGAUUACAAAUAUGUUCGUAUUCUUGGUGCUUUCUAUCUCCGGCUUACCGGGACUGAUGUUGAUGUCUAUCGUUACCUCGAGCCUCUCUAUAAUGACUACAGAAAAGUGAGACAAAAGCUACCUGAUGGGAGGUUUUCGUUGACACAUGUGGAUGAAGUCAUUGAGGAACUUUUAACCAAGGAUUAUUCUUGUGAUAUUGCAAUGCCACGUUUGAAGAAAAGGUGGACGCUUGAACAGAAUGGUUUAUUAGAGCCAAGGAAAAGUGUUUUGGAAGAUGACUUUGAAGAAGAGGAAGAAAAGGAGGAGAAUGAAGGGAUGGCUGAUGGAUCUGAAGAUGAGAAGGAUCAUCACCGUAAGAGUCCUGAAAGAGAAAGAGAAAGAGAAAGAGAUAGAGACAGAGACAGGAGACGCGACAGUCAUAGACACAGGGAUCGUGAUUAUGAUAGAGACUAUGAUAUGGAUCGAAAUUAUGACAAAGACUAUGAAAGAGAACGUGGGCGUGGGCGAGACCGGGAUAGAGAGAGAGACAGAGAUCACUAUGUGGAGCGAGAUAGGGAUAGGGACAGGGAACGAGGGAGAGACAGAGAACGAGACAGAAGAGACAGGGCAAGGCGUAGAAGUAGAAGCAGGAGUAGGGAUCGUAAGAGACACGAAACUGAUGAUGUCAGGGAUCGUGAUGAACCAAAGAAAAAGAAGGAGAAGAAGGAGAAGUUGAGGGAAGAUGGAACUAAUCAUCCAGAUCCUGAGAUUGCGGAAGCUAAUAGACUGAGAGCAUCACUGGGAUUGAAACCUUUGAAUGUUUGAAGUAAGCAGCAGCAGGAGGAAAUUCAUGAACUGUGAAAUGGGGACAUGCUGUUAAACCGAGACUUGGUUCAUUAUAGUCCAGCUACUACACUCUGUGAUCUUACUCACUUUAGUUUUGGUUUUCGAGUUAUCUGAUCCCUUUUAAUGGCAUUGUUGAACUGUAUGUCUUUUAACCGAUACGAAUAGUGCUCAAGAAUUCAGAUUGUAAA